GUUUGGAAAACAUUUUGGAAAUACAGGUCCCCGCGUGAAAAAUGCUUUCGGUGGAUAAAACGGGAGGUUUCCCAACGAACAACCAGUUAUCAGACUCCGAUGCUCAGUUUACGUAUGCAAACCGGUACAAUCAGCUCCCAAGUCAAAAUUCACAACUAGAAGGUGUUCAGUAUGAAAAUAAAGAUGGCAUUCCUGUCUCUCACCGAUAUCAGGGAGUUGAUGCUCCGUUUUGGAUAAAAAACAAUACUGUGGGCCCACACCCUGGUCAGACGCCUAAUAUCGUACCUCAAACUCCUCCCAGAGACUGGAUGAUUCCCGCUAUUCUUUCUUUGUUCUGCUGUUGCAUAACCGCCGUUUUCGCCAUAAAGUCUGCUAAACAGGCAAAGGAAGCGGUCCAUGUUGGUGAUAUGGCAAAAGCACAUCGGGAAGCAAAAGGAGCACGUGACCUAACCAUUAUCUCUUUUGUGAUCGGGAUCAGCUGUCUCAUAUUAUUUGCGAUAUAUCGAGUGACUAUUUAUUUUACUCUCGAAAGUGAUUAACACUUCAGAAUUGUGUAACAUGCUAACUCCUCCGUGGCAAUGAUCCCUCCUUGAAGAGGUCAAAUUUUGUAAUGUUUGUUGACUUUUGAACUCAAAUACGUUUUGGUUUAUCAAUAUAUUUCAUUAAUUUUUCUAUAGAUUUGCAACAUACCUCAGGAGAAUUAAUAUUAUUAAUAAUUACUAAAUAUUUAAAGUGUGAUUUUGUUCAUUCGAGUUUAUCUCAGUUCUAAGGAAAAGGAAAUGCGUCCGAUCUCUCGGAUGUACUUACC